CGCUUGGCUAGCGGUGGCAACACAAGUGCUGCAGUAGCCGCAGCUGCUUUACAAUACACCCAACAAUUACAGGCCCAAUUAGCUUUACUGCAACAGCAGGCAAAUACCACAGCUUCACCAUCCAUAACAUUGACACCAGCUGCUCCAUCACGAUCGUCGUCCUCGUCCUCCCAUUCAAAUAAUCACAACCUAAGUCAUCAUCAGCAACAGCAGCAGCAUCAUCACAAUAAUGCCAACACCAACCAAAAUAGUACCAAUCUUAGUAUUAGAUCGAAUAAUUCUCAGCAGCAGCAUCAACAACAACAACACCAACAACAUACCCAAUCCCAGCUCAAAUAUCCACAGUCCUCUUCACCGGCCGAAUUGUUGGCAGCCCAGGCUUCGUUAAAUCUUAGUUCAGCAAAUAAUGGUGGUAGCAAUGGUGCCGCCAAUGGAUUAACAAAAUAUGCCCAAUUAUUAGCUGUCAUUGAGGAGAUGGGCCGUGAUAUUAGGCCAACCUAUACCGGGUCCAGAACAUCAACGGAACGCCUUAAACGUGGCAUUGUGCAUGCCCGUAUUCUGGUACGAGAAUGUUUAAUGGAAACCGAACGUUCAGCACGUCAAUGAGAUUUACUUUCAUCAGCUGAGCUGAAACAACAACCACAACAACAACAAGAAAUA